AUGUAUAGGAAUUUGGGGUACCACUGGAUUCGAAUCCUAUUCUAUUUUAUACUAUCAAUAGGUGCUGGCACGUUAGAUUUUGGCAUUGGGACAAGUAAUAAGGCAAUCUUGGCAGGAGGAAAAUGUAAUGAACUUCUUUAUGGCCUCAUGAGUUGUUUGUUUAUAGGGGCCUUACCUGUCCUCGCAGAGGAAAUAAAGGUGGGGACGCGAUUCCAUAACUUCAAAGAAUUUCUUCAUUUCAGCUUCAUUUAUGUGACUCUCUCCCUAAAACUCAGAUAUCUGAUCGCAAAAGGUUUUGCGGGCAUUAUGGAGAGGAGAGGCCGUCUAUGUCAUAUCCAACUCUAUCUCCUCACACCCUUUCAUCACAGCUUCAUUUAUGUGGCUCUCUCCCUAAAACUCAGAUAUCUGAUCGCAAAAAGGUUUUGCGGGCAUUAUGUAGAGGAGAGGCCGUCUAUGUCAUAUCCAACCUUAUCUCCUCACUCCCUUUCAUCAUAG